AUGUUGUGUAAUUUUGAUAUUUUGUUUACCAGAGUAGCAGCUUCUGAUUCUAGAUAUGGAAGCAAACAAUGUGGUUCCCGUGUGACAAGGUCAUUGACACGCGGAAUAAACAGAUUCCUAAUGACUUCACUAGAAUACAAUGAAAGGGAAUAUGAAGCAUGUGAUUGGUUUUUGAGUAUACAAACACAAAGAUCUGUCUCUGAACUUCAAUCAGAUCUGUUCGUCUCAAAUAGCGGAUUCUUGGUUGAUAACAGAACACAACGUUUUGUAGAGCGUUACUUCAAUGCAUUUUAUUUAGUUGAUGUUGGUGGGGAGUUUGAAAAUGAUAUUUGUAUAUUAAGGCAUAGCAAUACUUUGUGUGUUGUUGGUCUUGCUUGUGGGCACCAUAUUUUUAAAAGGUGUAGCAAGAAUUCCUCUAGUGACUGUUCUUCUUCCGUAACUCACGAAAUUUUAGGAUUAGACUAUCAGGUUUCCAAUGGAUUAAAUCGUUCGAAAAAAAAUGUCAAAGGCCGUCGUAAACAUGGAGGUCAUGUUUUGAAUAAAUCUACAGACAUAAUAGCUUAUGCUAUUUGUGAUCGUGAAAUAAAGCAUCCUGUAGUGUGUGGCAUUCCAGGCAAUCUUUUGGAAGUUAAUAAUUCUCUAGACAUUACAAAAACCGAGUUUCAUCCUCCUAUCUCAAAAGAUCUAAGCUAUUUAAAUUCAAAAGUGAAGUUAACUCCUUUGAUAGGAAGCGAGAGUACUAUUAAUGUUGGUACGUACUUAUCCAUUAUAUUGCCAAAACCAAGACCAAGGAAGGAUCAAAGUGGGUGUAUGAUUGAUAAGUCCAUUGAUGAGUCGAUUUUACUGAUUGAUUCUCCCACUCAAAACUGUACUUCAUUAGUUGGUGAUGUUUCAGAAAAGCUUGAUGAUUUAACCCAAUCAGACUAUGCAGCACAGAUUGCUGAUUUUAUUUCACAGACAUCUCUUCCUAAAGAACAAAAGGUUCAUUAUCAGGACAUACACAUGUACGUGAUCUACCACCGUCAUUUGGUAAACAUAUAUAACGACAUCGUCCAUUAGAAUAAGUGCAUGGAUUAGUUGAAGCUAAACAGGUAAUUAAUAUCGAUAAAAAUAUUAUAAUUAAUUGUUUCGAUUAGUUUAAAUGGUUGGGGGGGGGGUAUGUAAAUGAAAAUAUUUAUCGUCAUCAUAGUGAUAAUGAAUCCAUCAAUCAAAAUAAUGAAUAAUUAUAAAUAAGACAAGCUUGUACAUACUAUGCAUGUUAUUAUGCACAUAUUCCCUUGGUUACGUAUACAUUCACUUUGAAAAUAUCUGGUACAUUGUACAACCAGAACCAUAAUCAUUGACUGCACUAAUAUUAGUUUUAUUCAUUAGUCGAACUGAUAAAAUGCAACAAUAUUAUAAUGGAAAAUAUACUAUGUAUUUUUGUUUAUUAAAAAUUCUACUUACUUUCGGAGAAAAUAUUUUAUAGAAAAAUGAUUAUAGCUGUUGAUCAGAAGAUUCUGUGGCAGUUUGCUCUUGAAUGACUUACCAAAUGAGUAAAUAAACCCUCCGAAGGCUCUCUAAUUAGGGACUAUUGGUUGAGUCAGGAACCGUCAGCGAAAUUGUUAACCUCAAUUGUCAUUAAUCGGAGCUGCUCAUCUUUCUUCAAUUUUAUCAUCAAUAUCCUUUCGGAAAUAAAAUUUUGCUUCGACCAACUUCUCAGGGGUCAACCCCCUACAUGGAAGUUCGCCUGUCGAUUUGAAAUAAUUAGAUUACAUAUUGUUACUGAGUGAAAACAAUGACAAACUGCAGAAUCCCUUAAUCGUUCUCAGCAAAAAUGUUAGUAUGUUUCGUACGCGAAGUGCUGCUUCAGGACUGGUUUGCAUUAACGCCUGAACUGAUGAUAUGGAGUGAAGUAGUUUUAUUCUUUUGACCACUUUAUUUAUCUUGGAAGCCUCAUCAACCCUGGUGGUUUGGUGUCUGACGAAACCUCGGUUGGCUCUUGACAACGUGCGUCGCUUGUGGCUUGGACGAAAUGUUCGUCUGACAACCAAGGGACGUGUAUAUUCCACAGCAAUCCGUUUUGUACUAUUUUAUAUCCGUGAACCAUAGUCUAUCAAAGUAGAAGAUAUUCGUGGGCUAAAGGUUUUUGAUCAUAUUUGUGUUCAAAGCAGUGCUCGCGUUUUGUGAAAUAACCGAGUGAGCAGUUGUGAGCUUAGACAUAAGGUAAUUGGUAGGAGUAACAAGUCGGUUGAUGAGAUAAUAAAAUUUUCACAGACUAAGGUGGCUUUGCAAUGUGUUAUGUAUCAUCAACCAUAGCCGAUUUAUGUGAGUGAAGCUUGCAAGUGCAGAGGUAGGUUGGAAAAAGUUAGGAGCGUUCAAACAAAAGGCGAUUAAUGGUGUUAGGAAUUGUUAGAUGUUAACUAUCCGGUUAAGGUCCGCUUGAUAACCACUAUCAAUGGUUGCAUACGUUAGGUAACAUGCUUCAGAAUCAGUCACAGCCGCGUAGAUCUAUCUACUCAUUAUCUUCAUCCGGAUUGAAGUUCUGAUACUUUCCCGUUUUAUCAUGCUCUCAAGAUCAUUAGGCAUGAAACUGCAUAGUAAUUUGAUUUUUGAUGGAUAUUCUCAAUAGUAAAUGGUCGUUAAUUGUGAAUAAAAAAGUGAACUUUUAAAAUAAUCAUGCUAUUUGGUAUGUAAAUUAGAUCUGUGUAAAACAUUUUAGAGGAGACUAUGGAUAUUCUACAACGACAGUAGUAAACUACCACCUUAUUUACGAAAAGGAUGAUGUAAGUUGAAAUAAAAUGUGAUUUGUCAGUAGAAAAACAAACCGUAUGUCCCCAGGUAACUAAUGCAUUGCUCUAAAUAUGAAACUAUGAGAUUCAGCUUCUGAUAAGAUUUCAAAUUCAAUUUAUUCACCAAGUGUUGCGAUUGGCUGCUAUGUGGAUAAAAGGUAUGUAGCUAACUUCCCUUUUUCAGUCUAAUUGUUCAAACAGGUUCUCUCAUUCUAUUCUAAAUAAGGGUGAAUUCGAUCAGGAUGAUCAUAUUUCUGUAACCUAUUGCUCACAAAAAAAGCUGUCAAUAGAUGAGUCCUAACAUAAUCAGUUAACAAUAAUCUGGGUGCAGAAAAAUGCUUCUUGUUCAUUUUAUUAAAAUUACAUGUAUUACCCAGAAUGCAAAAUCAAUUGUCAAUGGCAUGGUCAAAUUUGUUUUAAAACAAUGAUCCUAAUAAAUGUUUAUUUAUUAGGAAUUUACUAUUGAAUUAUGUAGAAUAAAUUCAAAAGAUCUGAAAUUACCUUGUGGACAAUCACCUAAUACUGAUAAGGCUUGGAAACGAUUAGAACAACAGACAUAACGGACACGUAUUCGGCGAUCAGGAUUGAUGGAGUAAUAGACUGUCCUAAAUUUAAGGAGAAAUGUAAAUAUUUAGAAUAAUUUUAGUAAUAUAUCAAAUAGUUUAUUGUAAGUUAAUACAUUAACUGUUAAUAUUUUGAUCAU